AUGGCUUCAGCACAGUCGUCCAGCAAUCGCGAUCAGAGUGUCGUGGACGAACGCAUCGAUCCAGACCCGGAUCGUCCUACAGAUCAAUCGGAUUCCAACCAGGCCACCUACGGUGAAAAGGCCGCAGCUCGCAUCAGUGGACGCUAUCUCAAAGUUGCUCAAAUUCGUGUUCUUGAGCCGAUCGUUGAAGAGUAUGUGAAGUCAGAGGGACAGGAGAAGACGAAUUUGGUCGAGCAGGCCUUCCAAACUGUAUGGGAUGGUGAACCUGUGGACUGGAGUGCACCUGCUACCUGGCCGAAGAAACGCGACUCCCCUUUCCAGAUGACACGCCAGGCCGUGCGCAACUUCUUCAAGGAGAGGGGGCGCAUUCGUCAGGUUAUCGUAAAGCUUCCGGGCAAAGGAAACGGCACACCGGACUGGAACGCCAUGAGUGUGGUCAACGAAGUUUACAAGGAUGCGAUUUCGGACCUCGUAGAGGAUGUCACUGGUAUGAAGAAGGGCCAGAAGCCGGGCGAAAAGGAGAAGAACAAGGGCUGGAUAGCAGAGUAUCGGAAGGCGUGGAGGGCUUUCUAUUUUAGCUUGAACAAGGAAGAGUUGGCGGAUAUGGAGCGCAUUGCGAAACAGUGGAACCGGACGGGUAUCCCGGUGGUUAUAAAGAAAAGCAAAUUUACUCGGUCUUGUCGCGACUGGCUUCGCAAGAUUGCCGCAACCUGUCUAAAGAAAUAUGGGAUUUACAUCUUCUUUUACAUUGUGGGAGAACCUGGCUCCAAUAUCGAGCCUGAAAUACUCGAUUUCAGCAUGGAGCUUGGGCUUGGUGAUCAGCGGUUCGAGGAAGACACCGAGAGCAACACGCUUGUGCGCCUGAGGAACUUCGUCAUGAAGAAUGCAGGCAAGCAGGAGAUCCCUGAGGAGCGUCCUAAGAAGGUCACAGCGAAGUUCAAGAAGGUUGAUGCGUACCAGUUCAAACACGAUCGCCUUGCUGGGCACGACGAACUCAUCAUCAACGACGAGGAUUUUGACUUCUCAAAGUUGCAGAAAGACUCGAAGGCUGUGCUCUACCAGCUGUUUCGCUACGCGCAUGCAAACAUAUCCUCACGUCCGCCUGGAGAGCUCGAUGUUCCCUGGCAGGCCAUUGCUGAUGGCCAGCUGAUCGACAAGUCCGUCUACUUUCCCCCUGGAUGGACGCAUAACGACAUUACAACCGCGCCGGCCGACUCUCGGAUGGCAUUCAUUAAUCACCUUCGUGGUAUAGGCCAUCUUAGGUUCGACUUUUGGCAGUAUAAGAACGGCAAGCCCCAGCCUCCAGUAGAUUUUGAACUGCGUUGGUGGAGUCAGGGCACGCAGGCGCCAGCAGCGGGUGCCGGCAGUGCCGACGCUGAGACAGCAAAGGAGAAGGCUCUCGCUGCUAAGCCAACGUACACGGCUUCAGGCGGAGCCGCCCAAUUACAGUCGGGCGGGCCCGCGGGCCCGCAAGCAGCGGCGGCUCCGGACGGCUCCUUGCAGGGUAGCAAGAUGAAAGGCACCAACCGGCCCAGUCCGUAUGGAAGUCAGGGCGUAACAACGUACCACUCAAGCUUUUUGCUUAACGAAGAUGCCCUGGUGGAGGAGUCGGUGGUCUCUGUUGCUCGCGACCCAGAUGAUCUACUUCCUCCUGGUGCUGAUAAGCUUCAUCCUGAUGCCCCCUGUUCUAUCCCUGCAAACUCUGAGGCGCGAGCCCAGUGGGCCAUCGCAAUGUUGGCGGAUCUGGGUGAUCAAAUUCCUUCAGGGCAGCUCCGGGCGUGUAUCACUGCAUUGAGCGAGCUUCCUUUACUUCAUAACCACUUCUACCCAGCCAAGAACUUUCGAAAGCGCGACUCUCCCAUCAUUAUUCCGACAACCCUCACGUGGGACUCCCGCUUCCUAGAUCAGCUGGAGAACAGUGCUGCUAUCGAAGACUACCAGCUGUUCUUGCAGUCGCGCCCGUGGUGUUACACCUAUCUCGGCGAAGAGAUAUUCGCAGGGAUUGAGAUCUCCUGGCUCUUCGUGCUUGCAGCGAUUAUGUACGGCCGUGCACUGGCACUGGUGCCUGGCGAGACUCAGCUCUCUCGUCAUACUCUGUCCAAGAUCUUUGGCGACUUCAAGCGGUUCUUGCGAUCUUACACUCAGGAGUACGAUUAUCCAGGACACGGUCCUUCCCUGAAGUACGCAGUCGCAAGCAGCCGGGAGGCGUACCUCUACACAGUAUUCCAAUACAUCGAUGUCUUCUUCACCCUGAUGAGCUUUGUGCAACGUUUGCCAUCCUCUGACCUGCAAGCCUCCAGCAGCAUCAAUGCCGGUGCUGAAUUCCCCUCCUGGCAAUCACCACGCCUUGGUCUCCCGCCUGCUAUGCAUCAGAGCGUAUCGACCGUUGACGAGUUAAACCAGUGGUUACGGGGACCCACUCGUUUGGCCGACAAGUCUACCGGUCACCUUGCAAGCAGAGAGCAGGGACUGUUACUCAUGCUUCAGGCUGCGUGCUUGUACAGCGACCUACAAAGCAUUGGUAAUGGGGCGUCGGACGCUCAGGGACAACUGUCCGAGUCUUGCUUGCGAGAUUGUCAGCUCGAAAUGUCGCUAUUGUUGGAGGAAUGGGGCGACAGAGAGCUUCUCGAGCUUGAGAACGUUCUGGGGCCCGCCGAGGACGUUGACGACCACCUUGGAGCCGCCGGAACCGCCGGCGGCUCCGCGCGCGCCUUGUCAGUGGCUCCUGAGUGGGAGGACGACCCUGAGCCAAGACCAGCUCCAUCAGCUCCGUCGAGGCAGCCACCGCGAGCGGAGCUCGACUCGAGAUACUUGGCCGCUGUCAGACAACGCUCUCGCGAUCCUGCCGAGGCCCAUGACAUUGCCGGGAGAGUCAUCCGUGGUCCAACAAACGAACACGAGGAGCGCACCAUGCUCGCACUGGAGGUUCUGACACGCCUGGAGGAGAGGGGCGCAAUCAACGCCCUGCUUCUACAGGAGCGACGAGCCGAGAAUGUGGCGCGUUACGGCCAGGCCAAGAAGCCGGCGCCCGCGAAGGCACCUACAAUGUCGACCUUGCCUGAGCUACCGCCAAUUUCCAUGCCUGAGGACCCUGCCCCGACCGAGCAACCUGCAGCCCGUUCAAAGAAGAAACGUACUGGCCCUUCUUUAGUUCAAGACAUGGCGAAGGUGCCCAGGGUGCGGGCGAAGGCUACGAAACCGACUGCGAAGCCCCCAGCUAAACCAGCCAAGGCCAAGGCGAUAGCGAAGGCCAAACCGUCACGUUCUACUGCCAAGCGCCCCCUUCCAUCGGAUCGCAAGCGUCAGGAAGAACCAGACGAUGACAGCCCUGAGAGCCUACCUGUAACCCCGGAGCUGUCAGAUAUCCCGGACUCGCCAUCGGAUGAGGAGCCGCCAUCUGACGAGGAGCCGCCAAGCCCGGCGGCUCCCGCGCCAGUCGUGGACCCGCUGGAGCCGCCAACUCCUCCGACUAUCUCGCCAUCAUCAAAGAGGCUUCGUCAGCGUGCAGCAUCUACUGGCAGCCGAGCGUUGCGUCAUCCUGAGUCUCCCACACGGCCCAGGAAGCGCUCGCGUAGGGGGCCCGACCCGGUCGAUGAGCCUUCCGAUCUUGCACCUCUUUCACCUACACGCAUUGGCAAGCGGCCUCGGCGCGGUACCGUGGGUCGUGAGAGUCAAGCUCAUAAUGAGCCUACGUCACCUCGUGCUCAAGCGCCGCCAUCUAAAAGGCAGAGGGUGGAGGUUCUGGUUAACCACGCACCUGUUGCCUGGGUUUCAGCUUCUGGUUCUUUGGCUGCACGUCCAAUCGUGAAGCCUCGUCCAGUGCGAAAGUCAAACAGACAGAAGCCGACUUCUCUUCAUCAGGCCAAUGCCACACCUUCUGUUCCGCCUCCUCCCCCAAUGAAAGUGCAUCGUAGUGGCUUGCGUUACCGUCCUGGGCCUGCGCAAUGA